AUGUCGGAGUCAAAGAACCGCUGCAGGUGUUGCGUGAGCUUCAUCUUCACAAUAGGACUCACCGCUCUGUUCUGGUGGCUCAACCUGCGUUCCUCUUCACCCACCUUCUCCAUCCAAAACUUCUCUGUCCCUGCCCUAAACACUUCCGCCAAAACCAAAACCACCACCACCACCACCACCACCGUAGCCAUCGAUUUCAGAAUCCAGAACUCCAACAAGUACGAGGGAGUUUACUACGAUGCCCUCAACAUCACACUCUAUUAUUCCCCAAACCUAAGUUUCCCCGUUGGGAACGCUUCCAUAUUUGGAUUCUAUCAAAGGCAUAAGAAGAAGGCCGUGAAGGAGGUGACACUUCACGAGGUGAAGAUUCCUUGGGGAGCGGCGGCGAGGACGGUUUCGUCCAACGGUACGGUGGGUUUCAGGGUGGAUUUGGCGACGGCAGUGAGGUAUAAGGUCUUUGGGUGGAAGACCGGACGGCGGCAGAUGAAGGUGCAUGGUGAUGUCAGUGUGGACAACCUGGGCAAGCAAACAUACAAGAAACAGAUCAAGCUCAGAUCGGCCGCGCCUAACCGCGACUCUCACAGGCCCCGGUUCUGGGGGGUUAUGGCUCUCCUCUUUGUUUUGUUGAGUUCAGAUCAUCAUCUUAUGUAUGACUCAAGGGUGUAA